UGUUGACUGAAAAACAAACCAAAACAUGCACAAAAUGGGAGUUUAAUGACGUAGAUACGAAGGGGAUCACAUAAGCCCAAAUAGUCACUAAGAGUUGUACUGAUUGGAAUCAGGGAUAGAAAAUCAAGUCUGACUCAAGUUACAAAAAAACAAAACACUUGCAUUGUUUUUGCAGGCUCUAAUUUAUAAACCAACUCCAGUUUUCAAGGUGCCUUUAAAGGGUGCUCCAGAGUCCAGAAGGUUCUGCGACGUGUGGCAAUCCACAACUGGUCCUCAAAAAUCUUUUAAUUUUGUGGUAUCAUAAUUACCAUUUGAUUCAAGUAAAAGCUAUAUUUCUUUUGGCUAAAGAUGCCUUUAUAUUUAUUAAGGAAAUCCUUUGAUAGCUCAUUAAAAAAAAAAAAACAUGCAAGAGGGUUUAUAAACUAAAAUCUGCUGUAUAUAGAAACUAUUACCGUAAAGAAUCGAUGACAAAAGAUAAAUUACGACUUGGACUGUGUGUCAGAAACAUGUUCGGCUGGAACAAUGGGAGUGGUAGGAGAAGAGAUAAAGUUUGAGAAAGAGAGGGGGCGCGAUUUCUUAACAUUCCUUACUCCAUGGCCCCCAAUAGUAUGGCCCUGCCCUACGCUGCAGUACCGCUGUAAUGACGGGUGACGCUGUUGAUUUAGUGGCCGUGAGCGCUCAGGAGAGCUAUAUGUUGAUUGGUUGAAAGAGUGCGUUACGUUAAGCGCUCCCGCGGAAGUACCGAGGUUUGGAAAACAGGUUAUGCUGCAUCGAGCACAGCGGGUGAAGGAGACGUUUACCUGUAAAUACAGUAAGAGUACAGCCAUGAGCUGAGGCUCCCAAAACCUUCUCAAUGAUGAACGACAAACUGGUGUUCCUGGGUCUCCUUUACUUCAUCCAGGGCAUUCCGUAUGGCCUGCAGUCGUCUUUGCUCCCGGUGUACCUGCGGGGUGCUGGCCACUCCCUAACCCGCAUCAGCCUCACCAAAAUCCUCUAUUUCCCCUGGGUGCUCAAGGUACUCUGGGCCCCUCUGGUGGACCGGACUUGUACCAAGCGCUGCUGGUUAGUGGGCACAGUGGCUGGUCUGGCCCUCACCUGUUUGGUGAGCGCUGCCAUCUCACCUGAUGUUCAGUACAUGGGUGUAGCAGGCUCCCUGCUCGCUAUGAACGUGCUGGCAUCAGUACAGGACAUUGCAGCGGAUGGGGCGGCCGUGCGGCUGCUCAGGGGUCAGGGGGAGCUAGGUCUAGGAAACACCGUGCAGGUGGUGGGGUAUAAAGCUGGGUCUGUGUUUGCUGGAGGGGGGCUCCUGGCUGUGAUUGAUGUUGCAGGCUGGGGCUGGAUGUUUGCACUGCUGGCUUGCGUGUACGGAGGUGUUGCUCUGUUCGUGUGGGGUGCCCCGGUGUUGGAUGGAGAGUCUCUGCGGGGACAGGGAGAAGGACGGAGAGGGUCAAAGGAUGUGAUGCAGCCAUGGAAGGUGUGGAGGAAGCUCUUGUCUGUGCCAGGAACGCCAUGGACAAUGUUCUACGUUCUCACUUACAAACUAGGUGAACAGGGGGCUAUCACCAUGUUUCCUCUCUUCCUCCUGGACCACCACAUGACAGCCAGAGAGCUCGGGGUGUGGAAUGGGGUGGUUGCCAUGGCGUUUUCCAUCUGCGGCUCAUCAAUCGGGGGCUUCUUGCUCUCUCAGUACAGUAUUGGCCUGCUGAUGAGACGUGUGUUUAUGAUGCGGACUGUCAGCAUGGUCUUCCAGAGCUCACUUCUGCAAACAAUGAGAUCAUCAAAUCACAAUGGCAAAAAUGUAUUUGGUGCUUAUGUGACAAUUGGAGAAAGUAUUGCAGUGCUGAGUCUGAGUUUGCAGCAUUUCAUAGCUGGUCUCAUCACCACUCUGACUUUCACCACAAUGAUGAACUGCACACAGAGAGCCGAGGAGAGCAUACAGGCCACCCACUACAGUUUUCUGGCCACUCUGGAGGUCCUGGGCAAAUUGAGUUUUAGUGCCCUGGCUGGUGGUAUGGUGGACACUGUGGGCUUUCCCAUAGCCUUCAUCCUUUUCCUCUUCCUCACCUCCAGCAGUGCCCUGCACGUGUGGAGGGCCACAGAGACUGGCAUCCUGAAGGAGCAGCUCAAAGAGCAGCCACAGUGACCAGAGUUGUUUGCCUAUGAGAGAGAGAGUGUAUGGCUAGGUGAAGGAUAUGGAAAUUGAAUCUUAUACUUUGCAUAAAAUAUUGGUGACCAAAUAGCCAGUGAAAUUAAUAUGUUAUUUUUAUUUGUAUUUAUUUAUGACUCAACCAGCAUUGACGUUACAAGAGCCACACAAGCACUCUCAUUGAAAGCCAGCACCUCUCUGAAAAACACUGCAACUUCUUAACAGCUACAUUGCACCUCUACAGUUAACUAGCUUUAAAGGUACUUGCUUUUCAACAAGUCAUCCUGAAUGGCAAGCAGACUGAACUAUGGCAACACUGUGAAUAUGUCAUCUAGUCUGCUUGAAGGACAGCAGUCAAUCAUUUAAAAAAGAAUCAAUAACAAAAUAUGGAUAAUCUAUAAUGCUUGAUAUAAUGGACAAUGACAACUGUAUUAUUCAAUAUGAUUUUACUGGUUAUAAAAGAUGAAUAGCUUGUUUAAGGGUCUAGUCUAGUUUGGUUUAGUUACACACACCCUAGUCAUUUACACAUUUCCUUAUAUACAGCAUGUAUUCACCUUAGAAAUGCCUUUAGUUUUUAAUCUGAUGCCUUCUGACACCUUAGAUACAUUUGCAGCAAAUUCCAUCAGCUUAUUGACCAAUCAGUAACAUGCUACAUUUUAAGGACUUGAUUUUUGGAAUCAUGUAAAUUUGGGAAUAGUGUGAACACUGAAUUAUGGUACUAUGCUUAGUGGAGUGCAUUUUUGUAUUCUCAAUGCAAUACUUGUAUUAAAGGGGUCAUAUAAUUGGGAAAUGAAUUUUCAUAUAGAGUUAAAUAUAAGUUAAGUGUAUUACGAAAAAGCAUUGUACCUUUUGACAAUAUUGUACAUCCAACCCAGACUCCAAUUUGGUGUUCAGCAACCAAAAAAUAUUAACUUAACUCCAAAUGAAUUAAUGAAAAGAGUGAAAUUUGUUAAAAACCUUGUGCUGUUCCUGGUUGUGGAGCAACUGAAAAUCCUCAUCCUUCCUAGAAUUAUUAGGAAAUGUUAGAAAACUUCUCAUUACACAUGUCAACAUGGUGUUUACAUUUGCACGUCUUCAUCAGAAAUAGUCAUAAAAAGAGUAGAAAGUGGUCAUGACAAACUGAUUUGAUGCAGAAAACUUGACUAACAUUGUAGGUGGACCUCAGGGAAAAAAAUAUUUUAAAAAGUAUGAUAU